AUGUCUUCUUCACCAACGACCCUUCUUCUUCUUCUGCUUCCGAUCAUGCUUCUUCUGAUGACCACAAAUGUCAACGUCACGGCCACGCCGACCACCAUAGAACGCUGCCUCAGAUUGCAACUGAAUCCCCCUCCUCCACCACCCGCCAAUUCAGGAUCCCGUUCAGCCCUACGUCUGGCUCGCAUCGCCUGCAAAGAUGCGUUUCGCUCCAUUUCGCAUUCCCUCCACGCCACGGGGAAACUGCCUCUAGGUUACGUUUUUGCCCUCUGUCACAUCUUCCAAUUCAACCAACAAAAGGUUGAACGCCACGUGGCCCGCACGUUCAGACCCCACCAUUCUCACACGCUCCUCGCCGGUCGCACGUGUGCCACCAUGCGAAAGAGGCAACACGCCCACACACCCUCCUCUUUUUCCUCACUCUGA